UCCGGGUCAACACAUGUUUUGUUGUGCUCAGUCAAAACCAUAAGUAGGCAGUUAAAAUAUACUAGUCGUCUGUUUGUUGAAGUUUGGAAGCAACGCGGGAAAAUAUCUCGACACAAUGCAAAGACCACUUUUUCGCCAUCCACGCCAGGGAUCGGGUCAAAGAGCUGCAGGUUUCCGCAGUCCGCCUCCUGCAUACGACAGGACGUGCAAUAUGUUUUCAUCGCCUCCGUGGGCAUUUUCAACCCCGCCGCCGUUUGGACCGAGAUUUGGACAGCGUUCUCCAAAUACCCCACCGAGAGAGUUUGGUGAUAACCGGGGUGGCAGCGGUGGGAAAUAUUUUAACAGCCGCUCGCCGGGUCACACACCGCGCAGAUCAAACCCCAGUCCCCGCGGCACACCGUACAGACACUCGCCGUAUGAGAGUCCCGGACGACACUCUGGACAUCAGGGUUCACCACGGACAUCCACACCAUUUGGGUCAACGCAUGGCAGGGAGAGAGGGACAAAUGAUACGGAAAAGUAUUACAAACCAUCAAUGCUCCAAGAUCCCUGGGCUGACCUACAGCCUAUCUCGGUCACAGAAACUCAGUCUAAAUGCAACUCACAGCAAACCACAUAUACAGGCAGACAAGGGAGGUACUACAAUUAAAACUCCGUACAUUUCACGGAAAUGUAGCCUAACUUUAGUGAAACCCCUAAAGUCAUUGUACAGUCCUUUUUAUUUAGUGCACCAAUGCUGCAAUUGCUUAUUUAUUUUUUAAGUCAGAGUCUGCACCCGAACAUACUUGUCAUGGACUUGAGUCAGGAUUCACCAGCAAUAAUUCUUCAAGUUGUCUCUUUUUUUAAUUAUAUGUACUUUCUGGUAUAAAGAGACAUUCUCUUUUAGUUUUAUAUUUGUACUUCAACUACAGGACUAGAAAGAUGGUGCUAUUGUAACUGGCAAUCUAUGCAAAGUAGUUUGUCAUCUUUGGCCCACUCCCAUGGAGUUUGCUAAUCUCAUUCAUUGAAUUCAGAGGCACCACUUCAAGCUCUUUGUACAGUCAACCUCAACAAAAGAGGUCUGAUCGACACAUCAAUUUACCUCUUAACAUUGAUGGUAUGCUGUUAACUAGAACAUGUCAGGACAAGUAUUUGUAGGUUUGCCACAUUUACAAAUUUUCUAUGGAAUGUUUGUUUUAUCGUUUUAUUUUUGGUGACCUCUUUUGAUUUAUUCAAAAACUAUGAGAAUUUAUUUUCUGUAUAGUGGGAAAAAUGAUUUCUUUCAGACAAUGUAAUCAUAAAUAGCCCCUUAAGGACUAUUGUUGAAGCUUAAAAUUUAUAAUGCAAAUACAGUCAUUGUUGAGAAAAAAAAAACUUCUGUAGUGGAAAAUCUCUUACAUUUUGAUCAUUUACUAACUAAUUGUUAAAUGAAUAUUCCUGGUUCAAUACAAGUUAAGCUAAAUUAACAGUAUUUGUGGCAUAAUGUUUAUUACCAAAAAAAAUAAUAUAUACUUGUCCCUCCUUUCUUAAAAAAAAUAAACAAUAUGGGUUACAGUGCGGCACUUACAAUGAAAGUGAAUGGGGGCCAAUCUGUAAAUGUUCAAAUAUUUCCUGUUUCAAAAAUAUAGUUACAAGGUGUAAACACUAUGCAUGCUACAAUGAUUUUAGUGAUAAAAUCGCUUUAACCUUUCGUGUGAAGUUAUAUCCAAUUUUUUAACUUGAUGAUGUAAUGCUGUUAACACUUAAACCGUAAAAACUUUUAAAAUCAUUACAGCUCAAACAAUUCUCAAGUUUAAAAAAAUAAUGUAAGUGCUUUUAUAAAAUUAUAAGCUACACAUUUCUGUUUAAACCCUCUAUAUAUUUGCCCUUUUCACUUCCAUUGUAAGUGCCGCACUGUGACCUUGAUUUUUUUAAGAAAAGGACGGAUGAGUCGAAAUAAAAUUGUGGUUAUUAACAUUGUUACAAAUGCUGUCAAUUGAGCUUAAAUUGUAUUGAACCUGGAAUUUUCCUUUAGGUAUUUAUCUUCAUAAAGUUGUUCUUACCAUUUUUUGAUACUGUAGAUAAAAUACUAUAACAUUACUGUACAUCUUUUCCAGUUUAAAGUUUUUAUUUGGGGAAAUCCUUUAGAGGUAUUACACUUAUUUAUUUGUAUUUUUUUUCCCUGCAUGAUGUAUCAAUCAAAUCUCAACACAGACUCAGGUCUACAAAAAUAGAUUUUAUUUAUGCAACUGAAACAUAACAUUUUACAUUUUGAAAUCCAAUAUGCGUAAAUGUUUUUCUUUUUCACUCAACAUUUAUAUAACCAAAAUUAUAGACAAUUACUGCUGUAAUAUUAUAUUACAUCAGGAAUGUUAGUGGCUUUUAAAAUCCACAGUUUUCUUUCUGUCUUUGUCAGCUAGUUUUAAUAACUUUUAAUUUUGCCUUUAAUAAGCUAUUUUAUGUAUCAUAUGUAUCGCUGAAUACAUAUUCAGCAUUUGCCAAGAGGCACCCUAAAGUAGAGAAGACAUUUCAGCUAAGUGUAUAAGAGAGACAAACAAUAGAGGCUUAAUAUUAAAAUCUCUUGUAUUGUAAAUGUUUUUUUUAAGUUCACUCACUUAAGCAAUGAGCUUGGGUCUCAAGGCAUCAGCUGUUCAUAUGAUGUCAGCAUCAUUGCCUCAUGGCACACUUACCACACAAACAGACCAAGCAAGUGCUGCAUUGUUGUGGGGGGGGGCUUAACCCACUGUGGCCGAUUAAAAGGAGGAAAAGACAAACUUGCUUAUCCCACAGUGUUCACACUAAAGAAACAGUGUAGUUGUAGCUGCAAAUGCCAAUUAGAAGCAAAAAAGAACAUGUUUGGUAGAUGCCAGAGUUAGGUAAAAAAAAGCUAACUUCACAUUUAUUUAGACAUGGAACUUCAGGUUAGGAUGUGCUUAUUCAAAACCUUUUAUCAAAGGGAGACAGGUUCCUUUUACUACAUAUCUGCAGAGUAGCCACCAGGGCCAGGUGUACCGAACACCGUUUAUGUCCAGCUCUUUUAGAGUUGUACUUAAUAAAAUUAAAAAAUUAUGAAUUCAUAAUUUUAAGUUUACCCUUCUAACCCUCAAAUAACUAAAUCAUUUAAAAAAAAAAAAAAUUACAAUAGAAAACAAUUACACAAGAUAAAAGAUGCAAGACAAUUUCAAUUGCAUAUAAGUUAUAACAAAGUACACAAUAUCAGUCUGUGUAAUAAAACAACAUUCCAACCUGUUUUUCACAGUAAAGUAGAAGAAUCUAAGCAAGAUGUCCAUCUUAUUUUUAAGUAGCAAAAAUCAUUGUUACACUGGACAAAUCUAUAAUUCUGUUGUCGCACACAUACACAGGGAUAUUGAUUGGCCCUUUAGACUGCAAGAUAGGGUUAUGUUUCGCUCGUUUGAAAAAAGUCUGAUGCAUUUAGGCAAAGGAUAUUAAAUCAAAAUUAAGGACAGUUUCAAAAGGCAGACUGAAGAAGUCUUUGCUGAAAAGCAUGGGCUUUACACAGUUGAUAACGCAUUUUAAUUUAAAUAAAUGUUUUGGAGAAAAUUCCUAUUAAGAAUAAACUCCUGGGUAGCUUGUAUUUGUCAUUUACACAUUAAUUUAAGUGAUAUUUAGCAAUGUUAAGUGAUGUAGCUGUAAUUUUAUUUUAGAUAGUGUCCUGAAACCAUACUGUCCAAUUACACCUGAGUAGAACAGAGCAGUAGGUGCAAGUCUGCAUGGUCUUUGCAAAGAGAAGUAUUAUUUUACAGAGAGUGUUAGUGUUCAGCACUCUGUGUUGCCACAACUUAGUCACGUUAAUAGCUAAAAGCAACUAAAAUUGACUAGUCGACGAGUAACUGAAAUUAAUGCACAGUACAUAAAUCAUUAGAAGUUACUAGUUUGUUAUGUCAGAACGUUUGACACCAUUUGGUCAUCCUCUUUGACAUCAUUUUGGUAAUGCAUUUCUGACAUUCCGCCCUUUUUGUACCCAUUGAAAAACAACAACAAGUAACAGACACUGGAGCCUGGAUGUGUUUUAAAAGAUGAUCAGCAGAUUUGGUAACUGAUGGAGUUUUUGUUUUUUGGAAGCAGCGGAAGAGAAGAGAAAUUGGCAUAACAGU